AUGUCUUUUUCCGCCAAGGACACCGAGGCGUAUCGAGACGACGAAAAGGUCGGACACAAAAACCUCAGCGUAAGAGAGCGCGAGAAGCUUGUCGAGAGCCGUAGCCGUAAGAAGGAGUCCGAGGAGUCGUACUUCGGUGUGAGGAAAUUCCUCAAGUCGCAGCUGUAUCUGGUGCUGUACAUCCUCGUCCACGCCGUCUUCUCCGUCUACAUCCGCAUCCGCGGGGUCUACCACGCCGUACACCUGCGAGUCUACUCCAUCCUCAAGUACCACCACACCACCCCGGACUAUGUUCGCCGAGACGUCAGCACCCUCAAGCGGCUGCCGAAACACCUCAGCGUCAUACUAACCCUCGAGGACGGCGGCAGGGCCGGAGAUGCCCUGGAGAAAUUGAUCCGCGAAGCCUCCGAGGUAGCGGCCUGGUGCGCCUCGGCCGGCAUUCCCCGGUUGUCCAUAUACGAGAGGACAGGCAUCUUAAAACGCUUUAUGCCCCAGACACACCGCGCGUUGGGGCACAAGCUGAAAGCCUGGUUCGGAAAGCACCAAACCCCGCCUCUCUCGCUCUCCACCCGCGGGGCGUCCGCCAUCCGCUCGCCGAAUUGGGAGCUCUCGCUGCAGAGCCAGCUGCCCCUGGAAGUCGUGCUCAUCUCCCAGGACGACGGCCGGGAGGCGAUGGUGGACCUCACCCGGGUUCUCGUGCAGAUGGUGCAGAAGGAGAAGAUAUCGACCGGCGACAUCACCGUCGACGUGCUCGACAGCGAGCUGUCCGAGGCUGUCAUGCCCGAGCCCGACCUGCUCAUCUCCUUCAAGCCGUACGUCGACCUGCAGGGAUAUCCGCCCUGGCCGAUCCGGCUGACCGAGAUAUACUGCGCCCCCGACAACGACGGCGUCGGCUACCAAGUCGCCGCCGCCGCCGCCGACGCCGCCGCCGCUGCUACUGCGGCUGCGGCGGCCGGAGACGACGACACGAGCAUGGGUCUGUUCCGGCCGCCCGCGAUCCCCCCGGCCGCCGUCGGCGUCUUGGACCGGUCGCUCUUUUCCAAGACCGUCGGCCUGGCCGCCGCCGCCGUCGCCGACAAGAAGAAGAUCGCGGCCUGGCGCCAGAAGCUGGCACGGGAGCAGACCCUCCUGUCCGUCGACAGGAUUUCCAGCGUCGUGCCCCAUCCCGACCCGGCUCUCGCCUCGCAGGGCACCAAGUGCCUGCUCCUGGACCCCAAGGUCAAGGCCCAAGUGCCCGAGACGUGGACCCCCGCCCUCCGCGACGGCGUGACCAGCGAGGAAAUCGGCAUAGUGCCGUACGACUUACUCCUAGCCUACGACUACUGGUCCUACGACGAUGUGAUGAGAAGCGUGCUCCCGCCCGACGUGCGGGAGGAGAACGACGGCAUCCCGGGCGGCUUCAACCACGCCGGGCACGUCGCGCACAUGAACCUGCGGGAGACCUUCCUGCCCUACCGGAGGCUGCUAGCCGAGGUGCUCCUGGACAAGAACCCGUCGUUCCGGACGGUCAUCAACAAGGUCGCCCACGUGGGGACCGAGUCCGAGUUCCGCACCUUCGCGUACGAGGUCCUCGCCGGGCCCGACGACCUGAACGUCGUGGUGCGCGAGAACGGCUGCACCUUCCGGUUCAACUACGCCAAGGUGUACUGGAACAGCAAGCUGGAGAACGAGCAUCGGCGGCUGGUCGACCUUUUCCAGCCCGGCGAGGCCGUGUGCGACGUGAUGACCGGCAUCGGCCCCUUCGCGGUGCCGGCGGGGAAGAAAGGCGUGUUCGUCUGGGCGAACGACUACAACCCGGAGAGCUACCGCUACCUCGGCGAGAACAUCCAGCGGAACAAGGUUGGGCAGUACGUGCGGCCGUUCAACAGAGACGGCCGGACGUUCAUAACCGAAGCAGCCGACCUAGUGUACGCAGCGUCGACGAACGGGGAGUGCGCCGUCGUAGAGGUGAAGACCAGAAGAGAGUCGUGGCACCAGCAUCCGGGCUCGAAAACCACGCAGGCGGCGGCGGCGGCGGCGACGGCGCCCCCUGAACCCAAGCGCACCCCUAUCCCGCCGACGAUCUCCCACUUCGUCAUGAACCUCCCCGCCUCGGCCAUCACUUUUCUGCCGCACUUCCGCGGCUUGUACGCCGAGCGGCAGCGGCUCUUCGCCCCGCACACGGGCACGAAACUGCCCCUGAUCCACGUCCACUGCUUCGCGGCCAAGGCAGAGGACGACACGUCCGUCGUAGACAUCUGCGACCGCAUCUCGGCAGAGCUCGGCGUCGAGAUGAAGCCGGGCGACGCCGAAAGCCCCCGCGAGGUGUCCGUCCUAGAGGUCAGGGCCGUGGCUCCCAACAAAUGCAUGUUUUGCGCGUCCUUCAGGUUGCCCGGCGAGGUAGCCUUCGCCGCCCGCUCGUGA